AUGGCCCCUCCAGCCACCCUCCCACCGGCGGCAUUCUUCACGACCCUCGCGCACCUCCUGUCACUCGAGCAAGCCAGUGAAGUCGCCGAGAACACGCUGCUCCUCUCCGCGGCUCCACCAACGGCACUCGCGCGCGCCGGUCUCGCGAUCCUCUCGCUGACAGUAUCAUCACUAAAGACAGGCCUUGGCGGGCGCUCGGUAGUCGAGCUCGCGCUUGACUCGGCCGUCAUCGCGAGGGAUUCGAGAGGUGAGCUGCCGGAGCAUGGGAUCCGGACGGGCGAUAUCGUAAGGGUGGGCGAGAUGCCGAAGGGGACGGCGAAGAAGAAAGAGGUUACGGACCUCAAGGGGAAGGGUGUCGAGGGCGUGGUCACGCGGGUCGGCGAGAGGGCCGUUUGGGUUGCGCUUGGGAAGGACGGUGCUGGGAGCGGUGGCGACGAGGUCGAAGGCGUUCCUGACGGGAAACUAUGGAUCGUCAAGCUCGCCAACGACGUCACCUACAAACGGAUGCAUCAGACCCUGACCAGGCUCGUCAAAGCCCCCGAAGCAUCAUACACCCCCUUACAAAACGUUCUCCUGGGUCUCUCAUCGCCCGGAAACGCCGACGUCACCUCCGUAAAAGAGAUCGCAUUUCACGACCCAACCCUCAACGCAUCGCAGCGCGACGCCGUCGUCUUCGCCCUCUCAUCUCCCGAAAUCGCCCUCAUCCACGGCCCGCCCGGCACCGGCAAGACAUACACGCUGAUCGAACUGAUUUUGCAGUUCCUGGCACGGAACCUGCGCGUGCUGGUGUGCGGACCGAGUAACAUCAGCGUGGACAACAUCGUGGAGCGGCUGGCGGCGGCGUCACCGUCGACGCCGAUCGUACGGCUGGGACAUCCCGCGAGGUUGCUGCCGGGUGUGCUGAACCAUUCUCUUGAGUUGCUGACGCGGACGAGCGAGGCCGCGGGGAUUGUGAACGACGUGCGUAGGGAGAUGGACGAGAAGCAGGCGUCGAUCCGCAAGACGCGGAAUGCGCGUGAGCGAAGGGCGGUGUAUGCGGAUUUGAAGAUGUUGCGGAAGGAGUACCGUGAGCGGGAGGGGAAGUGUGUUGACGGCCUGGUUCGAGGGAGCAAGGUCGUGCUCUCGACCUUGCACGGUGCGGGUGGCUACCAGGUCCGGGAUCAAGACUUUGACGUCGUGGUUAUCGACGAGGCUAGUCAGGCCCUGGAGCCACAGUGCUGGAUCCCGCUUGUCUUCGGUGGGCGUAAUGUGCGAAAGCUGGUUCUGGCUGGAGAUCACCUCCAACUACCGCCCACGAUCAAGAGCGCCGACGACAAAGAGAACAAGGAGGACAGGAAAAAGGCUUUAAAGGGGCUGGAGGACGAGUUGGCGAAAUUGACAGUCACGGAACAGCAGCUUAAAACAGCCAAAGCCUGGUCUCUGGAGACGACAUUGUUCGAUCGGCUGUUGUCUAUGCACGGACCUGGGAUCAAGAGGUUACUGAAUACGCAGUAUCGCAUGCACGAGAAAAUCAUGCGGUUUCCUAGCGAUGAAUUAUACGACGGGAAGCUGAUUGCAGCAGAUGCAGUCAAGGCGCGACUACUGAAAGACCUCCCCUACGAAUUACGAAAGACCGAGGAUACAAUUGAACCUUUGGUCUUCUUUGAUACUCAAGGCGGGGAUUUUCCUGAGAAAACUGAAGAUGAUUCGAACGGUGGUCCUGUCAAGAAGUCAGUCCUGCUGGGCGACAGCAAGAGUAAUGAACUGGAAGCAACGGUAGUGUCGAUGCAUGUCAAGAAUCUCGUUGCGGCAGGGGUCAGAGAUGAAGAUAUUGCCGUUGUGACUCCAUAUAAUGCACAAUUGGCGAUAUUGAGCUCGAUGCUGAGGGAGAAGUAUCCUGCGAUCGAGCUGGGAAGCGUUGACGGGUUCCAGGGGCGGGAGAAAGAGGCUGUGAUUGUCAGUCUGGUGAGAAGCAACGCUGAGAAGGAGGUGGGAUUCCUGGGUGAGAAGAGGAGAUUGAACGUUGCAAUGACAAGACCCAGACGACAUCUAUGCGUCAUCGGAGAUUCCGAGACGGUCUCGAGGGGCAGUGCGUUCCUGAAGAGAUGGAUGAAAUUUCUGGAGGAUAAUGCCGAUCUCAGAUAUCCAAGUUUGGACGAGCUAGCGUAG